AUGGCCAUAGCUUCAUCUGGAGAAACAAGUUCUUGUGUUGAAAAGAGUUUCAGGUACAAACAAAAUAUAAUUAGGGGUCAACAUUGUAUCAAGCUAUUUUGUAUGCAUAUGUAUAUACUAUUACCCUCCAGCCUCUUUUUAUUCCCCCUCCCCCUCUUCCAAUACGUUACGCCCUCACUUUAAAACCUGCAAAAAUAAAAUACAGCCCCGAUUCUCCAUUUAGCCCUACCCUAGAUUAGAACAAAAUAUGAUUAAAUUAAGAAAUAAAUGCUCCAGUUAUAUACAGAAUUGUAUACACCGAAUUGCACUGGUGUGUUUAGAUUCAAUAAUGUAAACAACAAAAUAAAAAUUAUGCUGUGUUUUUUAUUGAAACUUUAUAGAGUUGUUAUUUAUAAUCAUGUGCAUUCGCCUAUUCAAAUUAGCCUCCAUUCUGUAAUUAGCCAACCUUUAACCCAUUAACGACCAGUGCUCUACCACUGAUGAAUAAAAUUGUCUGGCGUCAGCCAGAGUAAAUACUAAAGUACGGCGCAUUGCACGUCAAUGGAUUAAUCUCCACUUUCAAACUAGCAAAAUGAAAUAAGCUCCCAGAUGGCUUCUGCUGAUGACUGAUCCCAUUCUCGUCUUAUCAAAAUUCAAGUUGGUGACUAUCAUUUUUAUAUAGUUGCAAGACAGACAAUGUAUCGAAACAUGGAAACACCAAUUCAUCAUCAAACGGAAUGUUAGCUUCCUCCAGCACCACUCAACCUUCUGACGAUUUAGACAGCAUGUAUGCAACUUUACUUUUUAAUGAAAUAAAUGUUGAUGUGUUUGAGAAUGAUCUUGUGGUGGAAGCAACGGAAGUAAAUGUUUUUGAAGACAUUGAAGAAGACACUACAUUGAAAGAGGUAUUGGCGAAUCUUGGUGAACAAAUAUCCUCUGAAAACAUUUCAAUCUUUAAUCUAAGUCGUAAUCAUGCAUGGGAAGGAACGAAACGAGCACUAAAUAGAAAAUCAUUCAGCCCUGAGAAUAGGUUAUCUGUUAAAUUUACCGAUGACAUUGGGCAAUCAGAAGGUGCUGUUGACAUGGGAGGGCCAGCACGAGAAUUUUUUACGAUCAUUACUGAAUGGCUGCUUAAUUCUCAACUCUUCUUUGGUGAACCAACAUCCAAAUUCCUGUCACUGAACGCAACUUCUUUGGAGGAAAUGGAAUAUUUCAUGGCUGGCCAAAUCUAUGCCAUGUCCCUUGUGCAUGGUGGCCCCGGUAUUCACUGUUUGUCGAGUACUUGUUAUGAUGCAGUCGUAAAUGAUUCAGGAACGCUUAGCCUUACUGCUAAACUUGAAGAAAUUCCUGAUCUAGAGUUGAGAUCCUCCUUUAGUAAAUUGCUGCAAGCUCCAAGUGUUACCGAUGCUCACCAAAUCAUCCAUGCUGAAAAGUUGGAUACAAUAUUUGAGAUGGCAGGCAUGAUGAAAGUGAUGUGA